CGCGGCCGGGUGACGGCGGCGGCUCCUUCCGGGCGGUGACGUCGUCGCCGGCUGCGUCCCUCGCUCUCAAAAUGGCGGACGGAGCUGACGGAGGGCCUCGAGCGGGAGCAGCGGGUGGCUGGCUCCCCGUGCAGCCCCAGGAGCGAGCCAUGUGGUAUGAUGAAAGAUUCAACUUCCAAGCUACAUUUUUACAGUGCUUGGCAAAACAUGUGCCAAAUAUUUACUCAGCUGAAAUGGACCCCUUGCUGGAGAAACAAGAAGAAAUGGUCCAGGCAGCAAUAUUAUACCCCUUGGAAUGUUAUUUGUUUGGGGAAGACCCAGAUAUAUUCCUGGAGAAACUACAACAGAGUGGAACCUCCCAGCUCUGUGGGAAAGUGUUCAAAGGAGGGGAGACAACUUACUCUUGCAGAGACUGUGCAGUUGAUCCAACUUGUGUACUCUGUAUGGACUGCUUCCAGAAUAGCAUUCACAAGAACCACCGGUACAAGAUGCAUAGCUCCACUGGAGGCGGAUUUUGUGACUGUGGGGAUACAGAGGCAUGGAAGGCUGGACCACUGUGUACUAAACAUGAGCCUGGAGCAUCAGGUUCUCCAAAAGAAAAUUCUGAAUGUCAGUUGAAUGAAGAAAUUAUGGAGCAUUCUAGGAGGGUGUUUCCCUCUGUGAUAAAAUACAUUGUAGACAUGCUUAUAUGGGAAGAAGAGAAAGAACUGCCUCCGGAACUCACAGUUAGUAGAGAGAAGGUAGACAGCUACUACUGUGUCCUUUUCAAUGAUGAACAUCAUUCUUACGAUCAUGUCAUCUAUAGCCUGCAAAGGGCACUUGGCUGUGAACUUGGUGAAGCCCAGUUGCAUACUACUGCCAUAGAUAAAGAGGGCCGUAGAGCUGUUAAGGCAGGACAUUAUGCCUCUUGUCAGGAAGCAAAAGAAGAAAUCAAGAGGCAUUCUGAAAAUGUUUCUCAACGACCACUUCAUGUGGAGGUUCUGCAUGCUGAUGUUAUGGCUCACCAGAAGUUUGCCUUGCGCCUUGGUUCUUGGCUGAACAAACUCAUGAGCUAUUCAAGUGACUUUCGCCAGAUCUUUUGUCAGAUAUGUCUCAAAGAAGAAGUUGGAUCUGAAAAGCCAUGCUUCAUAAGCAAGUUGAUGCUGUGGGAUGCAAAACUUCAUAAAGGGGCAAGGAAGGUUCUUCAUGAACUUAUCUUCAGUAGUUUUUUCAUGGAAAUGGAAUACAAAAAACAUUUUGCUGUGGAAUUUGUGAAGUAUUACAAGGCAUUGCAAAAAGAAUACAUCAGUGAUGAUCAUGACAGAGUUCUUUCUGUCACAGCACUCUCAGUUCAGAUGUUCACCGUACCUACUCUGGCUCGACAUCUUAUUGAAGAGCAAAAUGUAAUCACCACCAUUACAGAGACACUCCUAGAAGUGCUUCCAGAGUACCUAGACAAAAAUGACAAGUUCAACUUCCAAGGUUACAGUCAGGACAAACUGAACCGGGUAUAUGCAGUAAUAUAUGACCUCAGGUAUGUCUUAGUCAGCAAGCCUACAUUAUGGACAGACCGUCUGAGGGAGCGGUUCUUAGAAGGAUUUAUUUCUUUCCUAAGGAUUCUAACUUGCAUGCAGGGAAUGGAGGAGAUAAAAAGACAGAUUGGUCAGCACAUUGAGGUGGACCCUGACUGGGAAGCAGCUAUUGCUAUACAGAUGCAGCUCAAGAACAUUCUUUUGAUGUUCCAGGAGUGGUGUGCCUGUGAUGAAGAGCUGUUGCUGAAGGCCUACAGUGAAUGUCAUAAAGCUGUGAUGAGGUGCAGCACAAAUGGCCGCUCACGGGAAAAAACAGUGUUUCACUUGUGUGGCCAUACUCUGGAGAGCAGACCUUACAGAGUGUCUGCAGAUCCUGUCAGCAUACAUUUACCACUGUCUAGGACUCUUGCUGGUCUUCACGUACGAUUAAGCAAGACUGGAACCAUCUCAAGACUGCAUGAGUUUGUUUCUCCUGAAGAAUUUCAAGUGGAAUUGCUAGUAGAAUAUCCUUUGCGAUGUCUUGUCUUGGUUGCUCAGGUUUCUGCAGAGAUGUGGAGAAGGAAUGGGCUCUCACUGAUAAGCCAGGUAUUCUAUUAUCAAGAUGUUAAAUGCAGAGAAGAGAUGUAUGAUAAAGACAUCAUCAUGCUCCAGAUAGGUGCAUCCCUUAUGGAUCCAAACCAGUUCCUCCUGCUGAUAUUGCAGAGAUAUGAGCUUGCUGAUGCUUUCAAAAAGAUCAAGCCCACCAAAGAUCAGGAUUUGAUCAAACAAUGUAAUGUGUUAAUAGAAGAGAUGCUACAGAUUCUCAUCUACGUUGUGGGGGAAAGAUAUGUGCCUGGAGUGAGUAAUGUGACAAAAGAAGAUGUUAUUAUGAGAGAAAUUAUCCAUCUGUUAUGUAUUGAACCAAUGGCUCACAGUGCAAUUACCAAGUCCUUGCCUGAAAAUGAGAACAAUGAAACUGGCUUGGAGAAAGUAAUUGAUAAAGUGGCUACAUUUAAGAAACCAGGUGUGUCUGGCCAUGGAGUUUAUGAACUGAAAGAUGAGUGCUUGAAGGAAUUCAAUAUGUUCUUUUAUCACUAUACUAAGACCCAGCACAGCAAGGCUGAGCAUACACAAAAGAAAAGAAGAAAACAAGAAAACAGAGAUGAAGCAUUGCCACCACCACCUCCUCCAGACUUCUGUCCUGCAUUCAGCAAUGUGGUGAGGAUUCUGAACUGUGAUGUUAUGAUGCACAUACUGCGGACUGUUCUUCAGAGAGCAGUAGAACUGGAGACCCACUUGUGGACCGAGGCUAUGAUCCAAAUGGUGCUUCAUCUCCUUUCUUUAGGGUUAUUAGAAGAGAAGCAGCAGUUACAGAAGUCUCCAGAAGAGGAAGUAACCUUUGAUUUUUAUCACAAAGCAACACGAAUGGGAAGCUCAGCCUUGAAUGCUGUGAACGUGUUAAUGCUUUUGGAAAAAUUAAAGAGAGUUCCUCAGUUAGAGGCACAGAAGGACACAGUCAAUUGGAUACUGCAGAUGUUUGAGACAGUGAAAAGAAUGAGAGAAAAAUCCAGUGUGACAACAGUAGUAGCAGCUACAUCAGGCUCAGAAGCUACAAAAGGUGAUGAGAGUACUCAGGACAAAGAGAAAGCUGAGCGGAAGAGAAAGGCAGAAGCAGCUAGGUUGCACCGUCAGAAGAUAAUGGCCCAGAUGUCUGCGCUACAGAGGAAUUUCAUUGAAACCCAUAAGCUCCUGUACGAAAACACACUAGAGGCACAGGGGAAAGAAGAUGCAAUUAUGGAGGAAGAAAGCAUGUCUUCGGCAAUUGACUACUCAAGGAUUGCUUUGGGUCCCAAACGAGGUCCAUCUGUUGCUGAGAAAGAAGUUCUGACCUGUAUUCUUUGUCAGGAGGAGCAGGAAGUAAAGUUGGAAAGUGCUGCCAUGGUAUUAUCUGCCUGUGUCCAGAAAUCAACUGCCUUAACUCAGAAUAGGAGCAGAAUUCUUGAACUCUCAGGGGAUACACUAGAUCCUCUCUUCAUGCACCCUGACUUACCUUGUGGGACUCACACAGGAAGCUGUGGUCAUGUGAUGCACGCAGCCUGCUGGCAGAAGUACUUUGAAGCCAUGCAGCUAAACUUUCGACAACGUCUGCAUGUUGAACAGAUAUUUGACUUGGAGAAUGGAGAGUAUCUUUGUCCACUUUGCAAAUCUCUGUGCAAUACUGUGAUUCCUAUCGUUCCAUUGCAGGCUCAGAAAAUUAACAGUGAGGAUGCAGAGGCAGUAGCUCAAAUUCUGUCCCUGGCUAGGUGGAUGGAGAUUAUCAUAGUCAGGAUAUCAGGCUACAGUGUGAAAAAUGCCAAAGGAGAGAAACAAAAUCUUCCAGCUUUCACCAGCAAGGGAAUGGGGAACUCUGCUUUGGAAUUCCAUUCCAUCCUUAGUUUUGGAGUUCAGUCUUCAGUAAAAUACUCAAGCAGUAUCAAGGAGAUGCUUAUUCUCUUUGCCACCACCAUUUAUAGAGUUGGGCUAAAAGUUGCUCCAAAUGAAGCUGAUUACAGGAUUCCUAUGAUGACCUGGAGCACAUGUGCUUUUACCAUCCAGUGUAUAGAAAACCUCUUGGAAACAGAAGGCAAGCCCUUAUUUGGAUCUCUACAAAAUAGACAGCACAGUGGCCUUAAAGCAUUAGUGCAGUUUGCAGCUGCUCAGAGAACAACAUCACCACAGGUCCUGAUUCAGAAACAUCUGAUUCGUCUUCUAGGAGUUCUUCUACCAAACUUUAAAGUGGAGGACACUCCAUCCCUCUUAGAAGUAGAUAUGUUCCACAUUUUGGUGGCAGUUGUGCUGUCCUUUCCAUCUUUAUACUGGGAGGAUGCUGUAGACUUGCAACCUUCAUCAAUUAGCUCAGCCUAUAACCACCUCUACCUCUUCCAUCUGACAACACUGGCACACAUAACGCAAAUUGUCGUCUCUUCAGCAACAGAAUCCCCUACUGCUCAGUCAUCUGACAACAGUGAGGAGGCACGGUCUGCACAGUCUUUCUGUAGAGAGGUUUGCCAGUACACCAGUGGUUGCUUUAGUCAGGAUAUUCCAGGCUGGCUUGUGUGGGACUGUGUUAAAAAAGGCAUCAUGCCUUACCUUCGUUGUGCUGCUUUAUUUUUUCAUUAUUUGCUGGGAGUUUCUCCACCUGAGGAACUACUACAAGUUUCUGAAGAAGGGCAGUUCAAGGCCCUUUGUAGUUACCUCUCUCUACCUACCAAUUUGUUCCUGCUUUUCCAGGAAUAUUGGGACACAGUAAAUCCACUGCUUCAAAGGUGGUGUGCUGACCCGCUGGUGUUAAGUUGUUUGAAGGGGAAGAGCAUUGCAGUAAGAUAUCCUAGGAAAAGAAAUAGUUUAAUAGAGCUUCCUGAAGACUAUAGCUGCCUUCUGAACCAAGCCUCUCAGUUUAGAUGCCCACGGUCUUCUGAUGAUGAACAAAAACAUCCAGUAUUGUGUUUAUUCUGUGGGGCUAUGUUGUGUUCCCAGAAUACUUGCUGUCAGGAACUGGUGAAUGGGGAGGAGCUGGGAGCCUGUACUUCUCAUGCUCUUCAGUGUGGAGCUGGAGUCUGUAUGUUUCUCAAAAUCAGGGAAUGCAAAGUUGUCCUCAUUGAAGGUAAAACCAGGGGCUGCUUAUAUCCUGCUCCCUACUUGGAUGAAUAUGGAGAAACAGAUCCAGGUCUGAAAAGAGGCAAUCCCCUGCACUUAUGUCAGGAGCGUUACCGGAAGCUCCAUCUGCUAUGGCAGCAACACUGCAUCAUAGAGGAGAUUGCCAGGAGCCAAGAAACAAAUCAGAUCUUCUUUGGAUUCAACUGGCAACUGCUCUGAGUCUCUUAUUUUUAGUGAAAACUCUUACCUUUGGCUGUACUUUGGAAAAGGAAAGGAGGGUGGCAGUAAGUAGUCCACUCUCAAGUGGAUUCUGUAGUUCAGACACAGUUGAUGGAUUCUCCAGGUUGGAUGUAUUACUGACACAUUGAAACAGAACCUCACAUCACGUUUUGCUUUUCCUCUCCCCCCCGCCAAAAAAAGGAAACCCAUAUUAUAUAAUUAUUACUGAAUAUUCAGGUCCAAAAAUACAUCCACUUUUUUGAGAAGUUGUAAUUGUUUCACGUGUUUUGAUGAAGGCAGCUUCCCAAACGCUGUGCUUCCGGGCACAUACUACAUUUUUGUCUCUUCCAUGCCUUGAGAAUAUACCUAAAUGUUGUUGUUAUGGAAAAGCCGCCUUUAUUUGUUCCUGGGUUCUUUUCCCAAGCUUAGUGAAGCUUUUAAAUAGGUCAAGAUCUGUGGUGUAACGCUGGAGUGGAAGUGAUGCCAGGUCUUUAGCAAUCUGUAGCAACAGGUACAGCAGACUAAGUUGUACAGAAAAAGCCUGCAUUCCACUAUAUCCCGGGUUUUAAUGAAGAGUUUUCAUUAAUGAACUCUCAAAAGGAGAAGUGUGGGAUAGAAACUGCAUGGGGGAAUUGCCAUCUUGCUUGUUGCAUCAAAACGAAGUCUGUGCUGUUCGCAUUGCCAGAACUGCACUUCAUCUAAUGAAUUUGUCCUCUGUUAAAAUUCUAUAUGCCAAGAGGUCUAGGGCUACGCCAUUUGGCUAGGUUAUGAUUAGUUCUUGUACAGUUUGUCUUUUGAGAUUUUCCCCAAGAACCAAACAUGGAAAUGCCGUUGGGUAGUUGUAGUGUAGCUCUGGAAGUUGUACAAGAGCCAGAGACUUCAGUGAAGUAGACUGCCUUCAGAGCUACCACUGAAUUAAUCUCAAGACCCCAAACCAGCAAGUUUUAGAAUCAGAAAUAAGUUUUUGUCCAUAUUUGAGGAGUUUUCCACUCUUCAUCUGUCACUGUUGUUGGAGCUCUGCCUGCAUAAAUGAAAUUGUGUGUUUUGAGGGGCAUGUUCAGUGGUUUGGUGCCACUUAGAGCACAAGAGGGGGGGAAAAAAAGGUGGCUAGGUCAGUGUCUCUGCCCUUCAGUAGUUAAUAAUACAUUGUGAUUGAACUCUCUCAAUGAUACAUGAUUGUGCUUUAGUUCUAAAUGUUUGUUGUACUGUUUUCUGAAUUUCAGCCACAAUAGACAUGAGAGAAUUUGUAAUAUGAUGGGUAAAAAUGCUUUCCUAGGAAAUCCCGUUUCUGUAUGCAAGUUUGAAGUUGUCAGUACUCUAAAUUUCCCUGUCCCUUCGCUAUUUGAAUUUUUAUGUCAUUUUAAUAAGACUUGCAAGGGGAGGUUUUUAAAUUAAUGUCCGAGAGCACGUUUUUGUUUGGUUUCUUUUUGGGUUUUGUGGGUUUGGUUUUUUUGGGUUCUUUUGGUUUGGGGAUUUGGGGUUUCUUUUGCCACUGAUUGAGAGAUAGUAGAAUCACAAAUAAUGAUUUAGAUUUAAAUGUCAUUGUUCUCUUUAAAAGUUUUUAGAGUUUGAGUGCACUGAACAGCAUCAAAACUCAUCUAAAAAUGGAAUACUGAUGAACUCAAAUAUUGUUCGAAUUUCAAAUACUUUUUCUGUAACUUUUGCUAUAAUUCUUCCCUGAUGAUAUAAGUAGUUGGCUUUGGUAUGUUUUCCAGGUAUUCUUUCUUGCAAUUAAGGCCGCUAUCCUUUGUUUUGAUUCUUCUAGAUUUUAAACCUGAAUAUGAAACUCUCUUUAAAGACAAACAUUAAUUCUGUUAGUCGUCUCUAAAAUGUCUUUAAAAUGCAUACUGAAUUUAGUAGAACAGUUGUCGUAAACUUGCAUGCACUGGUGAUUUCCAAGGUCAUCAGAACACUUCUUACCAACAAAAAUACUGGAUUAAGACUAGUAAUAUAUGCCUUGUUGAUACCAAAACUAUAUUAAUUUACUGUUUCCCUCUGGUAUUUGCCUAUUCAUUUUUUUAAAAACUUUCAGUUACCUUGCACUUCAGUGAUACAACAAUUCCGUUAUCAAACAUGCAGUGAGAUUGCUUUAUUUUGUUUUCUGUCUGAACUGUGUAUAUAACAGGAGCUGGGCUGGGCAGGUGAGCUCAUGUUUAAAGUUCUAGAAAUCUCUUUGUAGCUGAAGAAGUGGGAGAGGAAGGUUGCAUCUGUCUGUACGUUUGCACAUACUAAUUUAGCAAGUCGGCUCCCACAUCAUUCACUGACUAGCGUGGUCAUCUUUCAUUUCAUAAAUUACUAUGCAGUUUUGUUCACUGUGAGUAUAAUCUGUAUUUAGUGAUCGCAAGAUGCUUAUGCCACUGAUUUCUGUUCCAUCCAAGCUGACAGAAGACGUUAUCUGAUAAUGCACAUAUUGGUAUCUUUAAUUGCAAAAAUGUAAAUUUGAAACUUGUAUAAUGUUCUUGUGCUUUUGAAAUAAAAUAUCUUGUAUAUGUAUAUUUAAAAAAAAGAAAUAAAAUGACUUCUCAUAGAUUA